AGGGUCCAGGCUCAUGAACCUGCAGUCCGCAGGGCGUUGACUCCAGCAGCGGGGGCUCCUGCGGUGGGCGGAGCCGGUGGGAGUGGGCCUGGCCGGCCGUUUUAACACAGAUGCGCUCCUCCGUCGGUCAGAGCGGGCAGGAUCCACAUCAGACGGAACCAUGACGGCACCCAGCGGCACCUACGACGUUAUAGUGGUCGGAGCUGGCAUUUCAGGUUUGAGUGCAGCAAAGCUGCUGAAGGCCAGCGGACUCAACCCUGUGGUGCUGGAAGCGCGGGAUCGGGUCGGAGGUCGCACCUUCACUGUGCAGAACAAGGAGACAAAGUGGGUGGAUCUAGGAGGAGCCUACAUUGGACCGACUCAGAACCGAAUCUUUCGACUGGCCAAAGAGUACGGCAUUAAGACCUACAAAGUCAACGAGCAGGAGAACCUGGUCCAUUAUGCCAAUGGGAGGUCGUACCCAUUCAAAGGCUCCUUUCCCCCCAUGUGGAACCCCUUUGUCUUGUUGGACUUCAACAACCUCUUUAGAACCAUGGAUGAGAUGGGCAAGGAGAUUCCCAGGGAGGCCCCUUGGAGAGCUCCACAUGCCGAAGAGUGGGACAAGAUGACCAUGCACGAACUGUUCCAGAAGAUCUGUUGGACCAGCGCCGUUCGUCGCUUCGCCACGCUUUUCGUCAACGUGAACGUGACAUCUGAACCGCAUGAGGUGUCAGCCCUGUGGUUCCUCUGGUAUGUGAAACAGUGUGGAGGAACCAUGAGGAUCUUCUCCACCACCAAUGGGGGACAGGAGAGGAAGUUUGUCGGAGGCUCCAGUCAGAUCAGCGAGUGCAUGGCCAACGAGCUGGGGGAGCGAGUCAAGCUGCAGUCUCCGGUCUACAGGAUCGACCAGACCGGGGAGACGGUGCUGGUGGACACGGUGGACAAACAAACCUACAGGGCUAAAUAUGUCAUCAUAGCCACGCCUCCUGCUCUGAACCAGAAGAUGCACUUUAACCCCGAGCUGCCCCCACUGAGGAACCAGCUGAUCAGCCGCGUCCCGAUGGGCUGUGUCAUCAAGUGCAUGGUGUAUUACCGAGAGAACUUCUGGAGGAAGAAGGGUUUCUGUGGCAGCAUGGUGAUUGAAGAGGAGGAGGCUCCCAUCGGCCUGACGCUUGACGAUACAAAGCCUGAUGGGACAGUUCCUGCUAUCAUGGGAUUCAUCCUGGCCCGGAAGUGCCGGAAGCUGGCUGACCUGACCAAGGAGGAGAGGCUGAAGAGGAUCUGUGAAAUCUACUCCCGGGUUCUGGGCUCAGAGGAGGCUCUGCAUCCUGUCCACUACGAGGAGAAGAACUGGUGUGAGGAAGAGUACUCUGGGGGCUGCUACACUGCCUAUUUCCCUCCAGGAAUCCUGACCCAGUAUGGCAGAGUCUUGAGAGAGCCGGUUGACAGGUUGUACUUUGCUGGAACGGAGACGGCGUCAGAGUGGAGUGGUUACAUGGAGGGCGCGGUGCAGGCAGGAGAGAGAGCCGCUAGAGAGGUCUUGUGUGCGAUGGGUAAAAUCCACCAGAGUCAGAUCCACCAGCCAGAACCUGAGAGCAAGGACGUGCCAGCCCUCCCGUUUGAGACCACCUUCUGGGAGAGAAACCUGCCUUCAGUUGGAGGUCUGCUGAAGCUAACAGGUGUCUCUGCUGUCCUAUGUGCUGCGGCUGCUGCUAGCCUGGUGCUGCACAAGAAGGGCCUCCUUCCCCGAAGCUAAGCUGCUAGCGCCUAUUAGCUAGCUUUGCUGCUUCUCAGUAACAUGACUCAACACUUGACGUCUGAGGGAACUCCACAGCUGUAGGAUGACUAAUGGUUUGACCCUACAGUGAGUUCACAGAAGCAAGGGGCUAAUUAGAGGUUAAGAGAUGUAUUCUCAGCAGAGAGAAGACUAAGAGUAAAAAAUCAGUCAAGCCAGUGAUUUAAGAAGUAAGAAAUAAACAGAAAAAUCUCAUUCUGCUCCAGAUGUUACCAUAAAAAAUGAUGUGGUGUCAGAGUUGUGUGUGUGUGUGUGUGUGUGUGUGUGUGUGUGUGUGUGUAGGUGGUCUCCUAGACUGUGUUUGUGGUGAUUUUUUGUGCCUUAGUGGAUGUUUGUAUGUCACUACUUUCUGAAGUGCCUGUGUAACUCUGACUGUUUAUGCCCCUCCCACUCUGAUCCUUACUGCCACAUCUCAUUGGUUCCUUUCUACAGGUGACCUAAACAUUUGUUAUGUCACAGGCUACUUGAGUAAUGUCCGCAAAGUAAAAAUAGCUCAGGUAAAUCCAGGUGUUUAAUCCCAGAGUGCUGAUUGAUCAAACGUGUGUGUGUGCGCGUGUGCACGUGUGCGUGUGCGUGUGUGUGUGUGUGUGUGUGUGUGUGUGUGUGUGUGUGUGUGUGUGUGUGUGUGUGUGUGUGUGUGUGUGUGUGUGUGUGUGUGUGUGUGUGUGUGUGUGUGUGUGUGUGUGUGUGUGUGUGAUGACCUUUGACACACCUUCGUUACACUUGGUGGAGCAGAUCAGACACUAAACCUGAUCCAGCUCGGUCUAGAACAUUCUGAGCCUUCCUAACUGUAGCUGUGAGCUGUACUUUGGUGUUGCUGAUUCUUUAAACAAAGGUGAUGAGAUUCAACAGAGAAAAAUGUGAAAUAAAUCUUUUAUUCAUCUGAA